AAAUUACCAUCACUGAGUAAUUGACGAGCACCAGUUCAGUAAUGAAGGUUUUUCAUUGUUUUAAUCUAAGUUACAUCAUUACAAGUUAGGACCAGAAGAGGGAGUAAAAGCAUAAACUCAAAUUCUCUUAAAUGUAUCAAUAAAAAUUAUAGUUUUUUUUUUAUCAUACGGUUGCCCUUAAUUUCAAUUUUUUCCCUUAUAUUUCUGUUUUUUUUUAAAGGCUUGAAUUUAAGUAAUGAUGACUUGCAGGAUGGAUUUUUAAAGAAACACUAUGUUCUCUUUGUGUCUUCUGUCUACCUGAUGUAUGCUAAAGAGUUGAUAUUAAGUGUGUGAUUUUUUUUUUAAUUAUUAAUCUUUCGAUUUUAAUAUUUUUUGGCCUGAGACCAAGCGUUGUGAGCGUGCUUGCUAAAGGGUUGGUUAGCAGUAUUUUCCUUUUUCACACACACAUCCGCACACACGCAUAACUGGCCCCUGCAUUCCUGGCUAAUCCUCCUCUCAUUGGUUAACCAACACGUCAAUCAUAGUUCUCCCGACUAAGCUUGCGUCUGAUUGGCCACACGAAUACCCAGUGCCAAGGAGCAAACCCUAUUGGCUGAAAAACUAGGUUAGUGGUCCGACAGGCAUGACGGUGAAAAGAAAGUGGGUCACCGAUUGAAAAUCGUUUAUGUCACAGUUCUUCUGUGUGUUUCUACUGCUUUUUCACCAGCGGCUGUCCAUGGAUCCACGGGUCUCACCGGGCGGUCUAGCAGGACCGGCCUAAAGAUCAGUCAGAUCAAAGCGGAUGACACCGGGUCGAGCAGAACCAACCCACACUGAAACCAGACCAGAACGCAGCCGACCAGACUGAUCCAGACAGUACCAGGCCAGUCCAGGACGCCUGCUCCAGUUUCCUAUCCAGUUCUGGGCUUGAGGGUGAAUGGAAGGAGAUGACUUUAACACUGAGGAUAUGAUAAACAUCUGUGAUGACCUGAUGGCAGACCAGCGGAUGGACAUCUCGUCUACGAUCACUGACUUCAUGUCUCCAGGCUCUACUGACCUCAUCUCCAGCUCCAUCAGCACGCCUGGCAUGGACUACACCCGCAAGAGGAAAGGCAGCACCACCGACUACCAAAUCGAUGGCUUCUCAUUUGACAGUGACAUGGACCCAGAGAAGGAUAAAAUGGGGAGUGACCAGCAGGGCAGGAUUAAAAAUGCCAGAGAAGCUCACAGUCAGAUCGAGAAGCGGCGCAGGGAUAAGAUGAACAGCUUCAUCGAUGAGCUGGCGUCGCUGGUGCCAACAUGCAACGCCAUGUCCCGCAAGCUGGACAAGCUGACCGUGCUGCGCAUGGCGGUGCAGCACAUGAAGACGCUCAGAGGUGCAGCAAACCCCUACACAGAAGCAAACUACAAGCCUUCCUUCCUGUCAGACGAUGAGCUGAAGCAUUUGAUACUACGGGCGGCGGAUGGCUUCCUGUUUGUGGUGGGCUGCGAUCGCGGAAAGAUCCUCUUCGUUUCUGAAUCGGUGUUCAAGAUCCUCAACUACAGCCAGAACGACCUGAUAGGUCAGAGCCUGUUUGACUACCUUCAUCCCAAGGACAUCGCCAAAGUCAAAGAGCAGCUGUCCUCCUCAGAUACGGCCCCCCGAGAGAGGCUCAUCGACGCUAAAACUGGACUUCCUGUGAAGACAGACAUCACCCCGGGUCCGUCUCGACUGUGCUCUGGAGCCAGACGCUCCUUUUUCUGCAGAAUGAAGUGCAACCGGCCGUCGGUCAAAGUGGAGGACAAAGACUUCCCCUCCACCUGCUCCAAGAAAAAAGCUGACCGUAAGAGCUUCUGCACCAUCCACAGCACGGGCUACCUCAAGAGCUGGCCGCCCACAAAGAUGGGGCUGGACGAGGACAACGAGCCCGACAACGAGGGCUGCAACCUCAGCUGCCUGGUGGCCAUCGGCCGCCUUCACCCCCACAUCGUCCCCCAGCCAAGCCCCGCGGACAUUCGGGUGAAGCCCACCGAGUACGUCUCGCGGCACGCCAUCGACGGGAAGUUCGUCUUCGUGGACCAGAGAGCCACAGCCAUCCUGGCUUACCUGCCUCAGGAGCUGCUUGGAACCUCCUUCUACGAGUACUUCCACCAGGACGACAUCAACCACCUGGCCGAGUGUCACAGACAAGUGCUGCAGAUGAGGGAGAAGAUCAACACCAACUGUUACAAGUUCAAAAUCAAAGACGGCUCCUUCAUCACGUUGAGGAGCAGAUGGUUCAGCUUCAUGAACCCCUGGACCAAGGAGGUGGAGUACAUCGUCUCCACCAACACCGUUGUUUCGUGUCCGAUGAUGGAGGGGUCCGACUACCCUCAGUCUGCUGCCUCUCCACAGAGCAUGGAGAGCGUCCUGAUCUCAGAAGGUGGGGGUCGGAGGGCGCUGCCAACCGUGCCUGGCAUUCCCGGGGGAACGAGGGCAGGAGCCGGGAAGAUCGGCCGCAUGAUAGCGGAGGAAGUGAUGGAGUUCCAAAAGAUUCGAGGCUCGUCCCCGUCUAGCUGUGGCUCCAGCCCUCUGAAUAAGACCAGCACCCCUCCUCCUGACUCCUGCUCCCCGGGGGGCAAGAAGAUCCAGAACGGCGGUACCCCUGAGCUGCCGAGCACAGGGAUCAUUCCUGGACCGGAUUCUGUUGGCUACCCGUACUCCAACCAAUCCAUCAUGAGUGACAACUCCCACCUGAGCUUGGACAUCAUGGACGAGCCCGGCUCCAGCAGCCCCAGCAACGACGAGGCGGCCAUGGCGGUCAUCAUGUCCCUGCUGGAGGCGGACGCCGGCCUGGGGGGCCCCGUGGACUUCAGCGACCUGCCCUGGCCUUUGUGA